AUGUCAAAUGUAACUGAUUCUUCUACUGUUAAUUUAAUUAAUAAUAUUUCUGCAGAAAUCAAUCGCUAUAUAACAUUAUUUGUAUUAUUAUUUGGUACUACUGGGAAUUUAUUAAAUACACUACUACUUUCACAGCCGAAUUUACGUUCUAAUCCAUGCGUUCUUUACUUUCUUGGUUCAUCUAUAUCGAGUCUUGGAAUAAUGCUAGUCGGUCUCCCAACACGUUUCAUAGGUGAAUGGAUAUCAACAGAUCCAACGAAUACAAAUGCUUUUCUUUGUAAAUUCCGUAUUUUUCUUCUCUAUGGAUUUCGUACAAUAUCGGUUUGGCUUAUUGUACUUGCUACUGUCGACCGAUGGUUCGCGAGCAGUGUUAGAGUGACGAGACGAUUUUUAAGUUCUCGGCGUAUCGCACAUAAAUGUAUUUUUAUUAUUCAUAUUUUAUCAUUUCUUUUAUGGUCACAAACGCUCUAUUGUUACAAUACCAAUCUUCCUCAAGUUCCACUACAAUGUUAUGGAAUGUCGCCAAAAUGCCAAAUUUUCAAUGAUGUUGGAUAUGCAAUUACGACUGUCUUAAUUCCAUCUGUAUUAAUGUUAGUCUUUGGCCUUCUAACAAUUCAUAAUAUAAAGGGAUCUCAAAGAGCAGUUGUACCAUUUAUAGGCACAAUUCACCGUAUCAGUGCGUUAAAUACGAGAAAACGAAGAAAAAGACGAUUCAAUAAAGGCUCUCUCACUGGUAUGCUUCUUCUGCAAGUUAUUCUCUUAACACUCCUUUCGUUACCACAAGCGUUACAGCAACUUUAUUUGGCUUUUACUAUUAGCACAAUUCGAAGUCCACUACGGCAUGCUAUAGAAAAUUUCAUCAUUAAUAUUAAUUUUUCUCUUACUUAUGUUGGAAAUAGUAUUCCUUUUUACAUCUAUACACUCACUGGAGUUUUGUUUCGACGAACUUUUAUUCGACUAAUUCGUUCGAUAUAUCGACAAUCAAUAGUUGUUCGCCUCCUGUUUUCUCUCGUGUUUGAUCGUACAAAAAAAUAUAAGAGCAACUAUUCAUCGGUGCUUUAUUCGUCAUCGUUACUUAACAAGUUUUAUUUCUCAAAACCAACAAAAUGA